AUGAGGAGACAGCUGAUGCUGAAGGCUUUACUGGGCUUAGCUUUCAUGGGGCUGUUGCUGUUGCUGGUAGAUCAACAGUGGAGUUCCUGGAUAUCUUCAAUGUAUCUGUGGUCCUCAUCCCAGAAAACCCCCACUGAAGACCCUCUGGAUCUCUCUUCAAGGAAGUUUGAGGCGCAGGCUGAGAUACGACAUCCCUUAGACCUGAGGUACCCUUAUCCCUACCCCUUCCUGAUCAACCAUCCUGACAAGUGUGAGGGUCCCAGAGGUGCCCCCUUCCUGCUCAUGCUGGUGAUGACCCAGCCCCAGAAUGUGUGGGUACGCCAAGUCAUCCGGGAAACAUGGGGCAAUGAGACCUUGGUUCCUGGUGUGGUCAUCUUCUGCCUCUUUGUUCUUGGCCUGCCCCAACCCCUCUUUGCCCAGGAACUUCAAGUUCUCCUAGAAAGGGAGGACAGGAAGCAUGGGGAUCUCCUCCAGGUGGGCUUGCUGGAUACAUACCGCAACUUGACUCUCAAGGUCCUCAUGGGGCUGGAGUGGAUGGCCCAGUACUGUCCUACUGCCCAGUAUGUGCUCAAGGUAGAUAGUGAUGUCUUUCUCAACCCCAGGUACCUAGUACAGAAAGUGUUGCAGCCUAAUGGACCCCUUCGACCUGACUUCAUCACAGGCCACAUCUACAGAAACACAGCCCCCAUGCGGAGACAAGGUCACAAGUGGUACAUGCCCCCAGAGCUGUAUUCCCAUGACAAGUAUCCAGACUAUUGUGCAGGGCCUGGCUAUGUGAUGUCUGGCUCCCUGGCCCUCAGGAUCCUGUCUGUAGCUCAGAGGGUCAAAGCCCUCUACUUGGAGGAUGUUUUUGUGGGGUUGUGCCUGAAGUACCUUGGGGUAAAGCCCACACCUGCUCCCCGAAAUACCUUCUUCACAUACCAGAAGAAGUAUGACCGUUGUACCUUCCACCGACUUGUCCUGGUUCACCACUUCCAGCACCAAGAGAUACUACAGAUAUGGCCGGACUUCCUGAUAGCCAGCACCACCUGCUAA